UCCGGAGAGCUUGCAAUGGUAGUGUAUGUUGCACCAGAGGACCCAGCUCAAGUAGACUUUUCAAUCCCGUCAUUCUCGCUUGGCAUCACUCAGAUGCACAUACCAGACUCACCGCCCAGAUCUCCGGUAACAAAUGAUCAAAAUGCGACUCUGGAACCUGAAUCACCAGAAAACAUAAAAACAAAAGCUGUGGUGGACACACUGAUGCCAUCUGGGGGUGUUGCAAGGCCGACAGGUGAUGACAUGAACAGGAUAUACAAGUGGGUGACAGAUCGGAGGGGUGCAAAGAAUACCACACUUGCGUGGAUUCGCAAUGGCGAUGAUGUUCAGCUGCAGCGAGCGGAUCUUCAAUCACUGGGAUGACGUAGAAGAGUAAGCGAUACGGUGGUUGAUUACUGCUGUGCCAUGUUCAAUACUUCGAGCAACGCAAGGUUCUGCACGCAUUUUUACUGUAUUCCACCGAGACUAAUGGCCAUAAUAUUGACUGAUGUUAACAUUGAACGAUUUGCCGGGACGAACACUGGUUUUGUCCCUGUUCUUAGCAAAUUCAUGGGCCGCGGGCAGCACUGGUUUGAUGCGGAGAAAGCGAAAAAAGUUGAUUAUUGGUUUGUUCCAGUGUGCCGAGAUGAUCACUGGUGGCUAUAUGUACUCCACCGGAAGACUGAUAACCUAUGGGUGUUAGACUCUAUGCACAAUAGCCCACACUCGGAGCGCCGAGAGAAAAUAGAUAAAUAUGUAGGCUUUCUUCUCCAAGAGUUGGCAGCAACUGUAGACCCGAAUGUAGUAUUCACAGCUGAGGGCUAUGAAUGUUGAUAUGAAACAAGGCUCCAAAAACAGCCUAAUGGGUGGGACUGUGGCGUAUACGUCAUUAAAUGGAUGGAAAUGUGGGAUCCAAAGAGCUUGGCAGAGGAUGAAUUGAAUAUGCCUAUUUGGACGACGGUUAGUGAAAUCCAAAACAUAUGUUGAUGCUUAUUUGCGUAUUUAAUAAUUGAUAAAUAACUAUUCUUGGAUGAAUUCUACUUAUGCUGGCUGGAUUUAUAUUUGCUUCUUUAUUGUAUUCUAUACCAAACACAAAUACAUCUGUAUGUGAUCACAGGCCCAGCUGCAACAAAUUCGGAAAGAAAUUGUAACUGACAUUCUAAUUUGCAAAGACAACAUCUCUAGGAGUGAGGUAGAUGGUGUACUCAAUGUACCAUGUCGUCAUGUGGAGGAUAGGGGAAAGAAAAAAACUCUUGAAGAUCCUUGGACGAACCCACGGACAAGAUCACUGGUUCGAAGGGCAGAACUGGCUAAGAAAGCUAAACGGAACUAUAAGCCAUAAAUUGAGAUUAGAGUUGGUCAGUGUGUGUUUUUUGUUAAUUUGAUUUCAGGAUUUAGAGGAUGUUAUUUUUAUAUACAGAUGGAUGUUAUUGGAUAUAAAUCAAAACCGGGUGCAU